AAGACCUCAGUGAAGCCCGCAAAACAAAUCUGUGUUGUCCGUCAUCGAUCUUCUUUCUACCUGCGGGGCCCUUCGUCAUCUUCUUCAGCUCAACGAAUCGCCCAGUGAUUGAGACAUCUUUGAAACCCUACUUCGCCUUCCUGUAUUCUUAAUUCUCAAUCCACUCAAUUCAAAUUUCAGUUUUUGAUUCCCAAAAAGCCCCCUUCUUUACUCAGAAUGCCCAAUCGAUACCCUUCAAGAUAGCAUUCAGAGCCGCCCUGCAGUGACUUUGGAGGACCAAACAUGAUCGUUCGGACAUACGGGCGCCGCAACAGACCAAUUUCGAGGGCCUACUCCGACAACUUGGACGACGACGUUUCCGAGACCUGCAGGGAUUCUUUGUCCCAAGAAAGUUCGCAGGACCACCUGUGCGGCUUCGCAUUCUCGUCCCAAGGUUCGUCUUCGCAUUGGUCUGCGUUCGAUUCGGACCCCUGCGAUACGAAUUCGAUCUUACCCUCAAGGGUCCCUUUCGACGAUUUGUGCAGCGGGGUGUCUAGGAAGUCGAAGAGAGCAAGGACUGGAAAGAAGGAGACAGAAGUGCCCAAGGACUGUGGGCUGUCGAUUCCGGCAACUUCUACGUUGAUGGAGGCGCAGGAGUUUGGGGAGAUGAUGGAGCAUGUAGAUGAGGUGAAUUUCGCUCUGGAUGGGCUUCGGAAAGGUCAGCCGGUGCGGAUCAGAAGGGCGAGCUUGGUAUCUCUGUUGUCUAUAUGCGGUACGGCGCAUCAACGGAGGCUUCUACGAACUCAAGGGAUGGCAAAGGCAAUAAUUGAUGCUAUUUUGCGGCUCAGUCUUGAUGAUUCUCCCAGCAAUCUUGCAGCUGCAACACUUGUACAUAUCUUGACCAGCGAUGGUCAAGAUGAUCGCCUUCUUGAAUCACCUAGUUGUGUUCGGUUUCUGAUCAAGUUGUUGAGACCGAUUGUCUUCACAGCCAGUGAAGACAGAGAACCUAAACUUGGCUCGAAACUUCUAGCAUUGCGACAAAAAGCUGAUGUCUUAAAAAAUACAACGAGCAGAUUGGACUCCAGUUCUGUAGCAGUUUUUUCUAGAGUUGAAGAAAUUCUAGUGAAUUGUAAAGAGCUAAAAACCACCUGUCGGAACGAUAGUGGGGUAGAGAGGCCAGAGUUAUGCCCAAUGUGGUUAGCAUUGCUAACUAUUGAGAAGGCUUGCAUAUCUGCCAUCUCUCUUGAUGAAACCACUGGUGCAGUUCGGAAGGCCAAUGGAAAUUUCAAAGAACGCUUAAGGGAGCAUGGAGGACUUGAUGCUGUCUUUGAAGUUGCCAUGAAUUGUUAUUCGGAUUUGGAGAGUUGGAUGGGAGAUCUGUCGAUCAAAGAUUUGAGAAAUGACAAACAGCUGAAGAGUUUAACUCUACUCCUCAAAUGUCUGAAGAUAAUGGAAAAUGCUACAUUUCUCAGUAAAGACAAUCAGAAUCAUUUGCUUGGAAUGAAAAGAAAGUUGAGUCCUCUGGCAACACUAUUAUCUUUCACAGAGCUGGUUAUACGGAUUGUUAAACUUCUCUCAGAUCUAAAUUUACGACGAAGUGCUUCUACAUCAUCAAAGGAUAGCAAGUCUUGCAGUCCUUUUGCUUUGGAUGGUCAUGGUCCUCAGAUGGAUCUGCUUACAGACCUUGAAGGAAAUGAGACCUUAUCCAAGAAUUAUUCCGGAAAUUACUGUGGUCAAGGGAGAGCCUCGUUAGAUAAGAAAGCUAAUGCAUCUCAUAACAGCCAAUUGUUGACUAGUUCUCAGUUGGAAAACUUGCCUUCCGUCUAUGAAAUUUCCAGCACUUCAAUGAGUGAUGCUUGUUCGCUGGAGAUGAGAGUCAGUUCUUCCAGUUAUGGAUCUUGCAGUGGUUCCUCAAGGAGUUCAGAUUGCAAAACAAACAUGGCCUAUAACUGUUCUCAGAAGAAUGUCUCCUCAACUGAUGGCAUUCCUGUUGUUGUUUUAGAUGAUAGCCAAGAUCCGUUUGCAUUUGAUGAGGAUGAGUUUCAACCCUCUAAGUGGGACCUAAUGUCGGGGAAACACAAACGAAAUCAAUCUAAAAAACGUGAGCUUUCAAAAAGAGAAUUUGAAGAUGGACACCAAUCCCAGUCAACUGUGGACCACCUACAAUCAAUUAAUGAUGUCAGUUGUUCCACUUCUGACGUUGGUGAUGAAGGAGCAUCCAGUCUUCUAGCUGAUUGCCUUCUUACAGCUGUCAAGGUGCUGAUGAAUUUGACUAAUGACAAUCCUGUUGGCUGUAAGCAAAUUGCUUUACAUGGUGGACUGGAGACCAUGUCUUCGUUAAUUGCUGGCCAUUUCCCUUCUUUCAGCUCAACAUCAUUAUCCUUUUCUCAGAUAAGAGAAAAUACUUCAAAAGUUGCAAUCAGCGAUCCAUUUGAAGCACAUCUUACUGAUCAUGACCUAGAUUUUCUUGUUGCCAUUUUGGGCUUGCUUGUGAAUCUGGUAGAGAAGGAUAGUCAGAACAGAUCACGUCUGGCUGCAGCCAGUAUUACGCUACCUGCCUCAGAGGGCUUGGGCCAAGAAGCUCACAGAGACGUUAUUCAAUUGUUAUGCUCUAUUUUCUUGGCAAACCAGGGCGGGAGUGAGGGAUCUGGGGAAGAUAAACAACUGAAUGAUGAGGCGGCUUUGCUAGAGGGUGAAAAGGAAGCUGAGAAAAUGAUUGUAGAAGCAUAUUCAGCCCUGCUUCUAGCCUUUCUUUCUACUGAAAGCAAGAGUGUACGAGAAGCAAUCGCUGACAAUCUUCCAGAUCGCAAGUUAGCUAUUCUUGUACCUGUGUUAGACCGAUUUGUGGAAUUCCACUUGAGUUUGAACAUGAUUUCGCCAGAGACUCAUAAAGCUGUGAGUGAAGUCAUUGAAUCGUGUCGAAUUCCAUGAAGAACUCUCUACAAACAGGAAACUUGUACAGCCUCAGCCUACAGUAGUGUUUGUUACAGGACUCGCCCAAGGAAAUGAGAUUUUCUGCUGGUCACCUCAUCACACUGACCAAAUCUUUUUUACUCAAUCAAAGUUCUGCAUCUUGGCUCCAUUUUAUUUUUCCAAUACAUAACUUUUUCCUGUGUCUGUUUCAUGCGAUUGGUGACCAGAUGCUUGUAUACAAAAUUCAGUAGCAAAUGCCUGGAUUCAUUCCUGGCAUGGUUUCUGUGUAAUAGUAGUGCUAUUUUUUUCUCCCUUUUGGUUCAAUUUUUUUUUUUUGGUUCAUUCAUUCAUUUUCUUGUAUCAGGAGCCUUUAUAUUAUGUUAAAACCCACCCAUCCUUUGUUUGUCCAUCGCUUCAGCCAGGGUUA